AUGGAGACAGAAUUAUAUAUUCGAGGCUGCACAGGAACUAACAACUACAUUCGGACUACAGUGAAAAGCCAGCAGUCGCUAAUGCUCCUACAGAUGUCCUGCGACACACGCCGGGUAGUUGAGAGGCGAGAUCAAGUCAUUCCAGCCAGGUUCCCUCCUCCCCGCCUGCGUUACUCUGAGCUCCUGCCGCUGACGGAGACGGCUGGGAUUACAGCUGUUGAGCUCACCGCGAUAGUUUCCGUUUCGGAGAAGCACAGGCUGGCUUAUCUCAGCCCGACUGACCACCCUCUUCUAACGAACACCUUUGCUCACCGGCAAGUCCCCAGUGACCGACACAGGUGUACGACGAGCCGCCGAGCCCUGCGGACGAGGCCGGAGGUCCAGGCGCCGCGGUCCGCCUGGAUUUGGCAGGAGGGCGCCUUCCCCCGGCGACGAAAACCGCGCUCCGCUCCCGCGCCAACAAACCCGGCCCAGGUGGGAAAAUGCUCCGCGCCGAGGGCCGCGCCAUCCGCCUGCGACGGCCCGUACCGGCGUAGCGCCGGUCGACUCCUCGCUUGCCAGGGUCCGGCGAGCCAGGCGCGCCGCAGCCUCCGCCCACAGGCCCCGGCGAGCCACCAACAGCCCGCCUGUACUCACCGCCUCUCAACACCCCGCCAACCGAUCCCCGCCGACGGCCACUUCCGCCUUCUCCUCGGGAGGCACCGGGACCGUGGUCGCCCAGACCAAGCGGGGCGCACGGAGGCACCACGUUCGCUGCACUGCCCCCUGUCGCCGCGGAGGGGGAACGGCAGCAAGGUGAGGACCGGAGGCCGGUCCAAGCGCUGGGUCCUGGUCGCGACGCUCGGAUCGCGAAGCCAGAGCGGGAAGGUUUUGUCCCUGUUAGGAGCCGGCGUCCAUCUCUGUGUACCCCGAAGUGAUCUGCUUUCUGCCAGACUGCAGAUGUCAGUAGCAUCACAAAUGGACUUGCCUGAAGAAAUUCAACAUCCCUAUACAAAAUUUUCUGAAUGGAAAUUCAAGCUGUUUAAAGUGAGAUCAUUUGAAAAAACACCCAAUGACAGCCAGCACAUAAACAAAGAUCAGGCAGGAGAGGUUGCUUCUUCAAACAAAGACAUCAUACUGCGUAAAGACAAAACAGUGCGAAGAGGAGAAAAGAUGGACUUAGUGGGCAAUAGACAGGCACUUGAGAAAGAUGCCAGUGACAUGAAAACACAAGACAGUAAAGCUCAUCAGAACAAUCUGAAGCAACUUUGCCGCAUCUGUGGAGUUUCAUUUAAAACUGAUUACAAGAGAACUUAUCCAGUGCAUGGACCAGUAGAUGAUGAAACACUGUGGCUUCUGAGAAAGAAAGAAAAAAAAGCAACCUCUUGGCCAGAUCUUAUAGCAAAGGUUUUUAAGACUGAUGUGCGAAGAGAUGUUGAUACUAUCCAUCCCACUCAAUUUUGUCACAACUGCUGGAGUAUUAUUCAUAGAAAAUUCAGUAAUACUCCAUGUGAAGGAUAUUUUCCUAGAAACAGCACAAUGGAGUGGCAACCUCACUCCCCCAACUGUGAUGUGUGCCACACUACUGGGCAGGGAGUCAAGAGAAAAAGCCAACCACCCAGUGUACAACAUGGCAAACGUGUGGAGACCAUUGCAGAGUAUGGUCAAAUAAACCAAGCACAGCUAAACAACAAAAAAUUAAUUAAAGAUAUUGUCAAUUGCAAGAAUAUACAUCUCAGUACCAACCUGCUUGCAGUUGAUUACCCAGUAGAUUUAAUUAAAUCCAUCUCUUGCCAGAUCUGUGAGCAUAUUUUGGCAGAUCCAGUAGAAACAUCAUGUCGACAUUUGUUUUGCAGAACUUGCAUCCUUAAAUGUAUCAAGGUUAUGGGCAGCUAUUGCCCUUCCUGCUGGUAUCCUUGCUUCCCUACUGAUCUGGUAACCCCAGUGAAAUCCUUCCUGAACAUUCUUGAUAGCCUGGGUAUAAGAUGCCCCAUAAAGAAAUGUGAUGAAGAGAUCUUGCAUGGAAAAUAUGGCAAACACCUCUCCAGCCACAAGGAAAUGAAAGAUAGGGAGCACUACGGCCACAAAAACAAAGGGGGUAGACCAAGGCAACAUCUCCUGUCUUUGACGAGAAGAGCACAGAAACAUCGUCUGAGAGAACUGAAACAUCAAGUCAAGGCUUUUGCUGAGAAAGAAGAGGGUGGUGAUAUAAAAGCUGUAUGUAUGACUUUGUUCCUGCUAGCUUUAAGAGCAAAAAAUGAACACAGACAAGCUGAUGAACUGGAGGCUAUAAUGCAAGGGAGAGGAUCUGGACUUCACCCUGCUGUCUGCCUGGCAAUCCGAGUUAACACUUUUCUCAGCUGCAGCCAAUAUCAUAAAAUGUAUAGAACAGUAAAAGCUGUCACUGGGAGGCAGAUAUUCCAACCUUUGCAUGCUCUUCGCACUGCUGAGAAAGCCCUCCUACCAGGUUAUCAUUCAUUUAAGUGGCAACCUCCCUUGAAAAAUGUAUCCACUAACACAGAAGUCGGAAUUAUAGAUGGACUAUCAGGAUUGACAGUUUCAAUUGAUGAUUACCCAGUAGACACAAUUGCCAAGAGAUUUCGAUAUGAUGCAGCCUUGGUUUGUGCCUUAAAGGACAUGGAGGAGGAAAUCUUGGAAGGCAUGAAAGCAAAGCAACUGGAUGACUAUUUUAAUGGUCCCUUCACUGUGGUAGUAAAAGAGUCUUGUGAUGGAAUGGGAGAUGUCAGUGAGAAGCAUGGAAGUGGGCCUGCUGUCCCAGAGAAGGCUGUUCGAUUUUCUUUCACAGUCAUGAGCAUUGCUAUGGCCCAUGGGAAUGAAAGCAAGAGGAUUUUUGAAGAAGUAAAGCCCAAUUCAGAGUUGUGUUGCAAACCCUUGUGCCUUAUGCUGGCUGAUGAAUCGGAUCAUGAAACUCUGACAGCAGUCCUGAGCCCCCUCAUAGCAGAAAGAGAGGCUAUGAAAAACAGUGAACUGCUGCUUGAAAUGGGAGGCAUCCUGAGAACAUUCAAAUUCAUCUUUAGGGGCACAGGAUAUGAUGAGAAACUUGUGCGGGAAGUGGAAGGUCUGGAAGCCUCAGGUUCCAGUUACAUUUGUACUCUGUGUGAUGCAACCCGCCUGGAGGCAUCCCAGAAUUUGGUCUUCCACUCCAUAACCAGGAGCCAUGCUGAAAAUCUGAAGCGAUAUGAAAUAUGGAGGUCCAACCCGUAUCAUGAAUCUGUUGAUGAGCUUCGUGACAGAGUGAAGGGUGUUUCAGCCAAACCUUUUAUUGAGACUGUUCCCUCCAUAGAUGCACUGCACUGCGACAUUGGCAAUGCAACAGAAUUCUACAGGAUUUUCCAGAUGGAAAUAGGUGAAGUUUACAAGAAUCCUGAUGUGUCUAAAGAGGAGAGGAAGAGGUGGCAGUUGACUCUUGACAAACACCUCAGAAAGAAGAUGAACUUGAAGCCUAUGAUGAGGAUGAGUGGAAAUUUUGCUAGAAAGCUUAUGUCCAAAGAGACAGUAGAGGCAGUAUGUGAAUUAAUAAAAUGUGAGGAAAGGCAUGAAGCCCUAAGAGAACUAAUGGACCUUUAUCUGAAGAUGAAGCCAGUGUGGCGAUCAUCGUGCCCUGCCAAAGAGUGUCCAGAAUUGCUGUGCCAGUAUAGCUACAAUUCACAGCGUUUUGCUGAGCUCCUAUCUACAAAGUUCAAGUACAGAUAUGAAGGCAAGAUUACAAAUUAUUUCCACAAAACCCUUGCUCAUGUUCCUGAAAUAAUUGAAAGAGAUGGAUCCAUUGGGGCCUGGGCAAGUGAAGGAAAUGAGUCAGGAAACAAACUGUUCAGGAGGUUCCGAAAAAUGAAUGCCAGGCAGUCCAAAUGCUAUGAGAUGGAGGAUGUUUUGAAGCAUCACUGGCUAUAUACGUCUAAGUACCUCCAGAAGUUCAUGAAUGCUCAUAAAACAUUAAAAAGCCCAGGUUUCACCAUGGAUACAGAGGAUAGUUUAGGUGACUCCUUGCCAUUGGAAGAGGUCUUGGAAAGCAAUGGUUCAGCAAAACUCUAA